AAGUUCAUUGCGUUCUUUUGUACUGUCCUUUAAGUAACGUAGGUUUCAUUCGUAGUGGACGUGCUUUACUGUGCUGGAGUUGUGUGUUAUUUUCUCAUGUCCCGCGUUCAUUAAAUUUUAGUAUUGUUUCGUGUGCAUAAUUAAAAAAGAAAAUCUACAAAUAUGAAAGUUUGGACGUCCUAUCACAUCUUUGAGCAUCCAUGGGACACUGUAGUACAAGCUGCUUAUCGAAAAUAUCCAAAUCCAUUGAAUCCCUCCGUUUUGGGGACGGAUGUCAUCGAGAGACAUGUUGAUAAAGGAAUUCUAUAUUCACAUAGAUUGGUUACAACUGAAUGGCGUUUACCACGGUGGGUUGCUUCGUUCUUCGGCAAUGGACCGUGCUACGGCAGCGAAUGGAGCGAGGUGAACCCGCAGACCAAGGAGAUGGUGGUCAAAACCGUAAACUUGAGUUUGGGCACGCAUAUCUCGGUUGGCGAGGAAGUUCGAUACACGUCGGACCCAGAAGACCCCAACAAAACUCUGUUAACGCAGCAGGCUGUCGUUUCCAUCAAAGGUAUACCUCUAAUCGAUCAAAUGGAGAGGCUACUCACGAAAACUAUUGAACAGAACGCGAAGAAGGGGCGCAUGGCGAUCGAAUGGGUCAUCGAGAGAAUCCAGGCGGACAUGAAAGAUAUCACGACCCUGACGAAACGCGGCAUGGACGAUCUGCAGUCCGCGGCAAAGAAAUCGUUGGACGAUAUUCAGAGUAUACCUAACCUCACGCCGCCGCCGCAAUCCAUUCCAAAAUUAUAGCUAAUGUUUCACGUCAGCUUCGAUCUCUUUACCUAAACGCCGCGUAGUAAACUUCCAUGGAACGAUUAGAUACCUGCUAAUAAACCUGGGAUUCACUGAGCAUCCACGAAACACGAUAGGAAAUCGGAUAUCACGCUUCCAACGACCGUGCCAUUCUCAUGCUAUUUCCUCGAAACAUCCCGAUUGUAUUUGGCCGGACCAUUUUGUCAACCGAUGGAAGGAGCGCGGAUGUUUGUCCGGGUCUUUCGUUCAAAUAUUCGAUGCAUCCCUCCGUGAAUAUAUAUGUAUCCGCCGCAGGAAGCGAUCAAAUGCGCAACAUUUUCGAAUCGAUCGAACCGACUGAGAUGCGCCAAAGUAACGAGCGGACCAGCGAAAGUACAAACACGUGCUCUGAUACGAGUAAAAAGGAAACAAGGAAGAACAGGAGAAGAAGAGAGUGAAUACUCGUUCGACGAAAAAGGAAAAAGAGAUAUUGCGAUCGUUCCGUAGAAGCAGCUUUAGUGAAAGAGAUGCGUAGCUGCCGGCGAGCAAUUAACAUGAUCUAGGUGAUUUUCGAAGGCACCGCGUUUACUCAACGACUGGGCAAACGUUACGAUAAGAGAACCUGCGAAUCUGAACUGGCACAGUAUUUGUAUGACGAUACGUGUACGUCGCCCCUCUCUGCUAGAUUCAACAACCGAGAGCUCGGCACUCUGGGCCCUGCACGUCUAUUUGUACGCUACACCUAUCGAAUAACCGAACGCACUCAAGAAAUCAAGCAUCUUUUCGAUCCACAUCUUCAUUGUUUUCGUCACCCGUCUGUUCUAUCACGCUUAACGUUUCUCUCUUCUCGCGUCACGAGUCGAGACUUCGCGUUUCCUCGUGGCUGACGAACGGAGGACCAUUUAUUAACGUUAGUGAACAAUAACCGUAGUGAAUUAAAUGUGACAUAACCCGUGGAAUGAGAUUAUACACAAAGGAAAUCGAGACAAUAUAUUAGAAGACACCUGCUAGAGUAUCUUUUGUAAUGAUGUUCGGGUAUUGGACUCGGCCGACGGCUUGGUCCAUCCGCUUGGGUGCUGGUCAAAUUUGUAAAUAAAAACGAUACCAUAGAA